UCUGAGGGGUGGCAAGGAAAAAGGAUUAACCAUGUCGUCUUUGAUCAGAAAGGUGAUCAGCACCGUGAAAGCCCCAGCGGCCAUUGGUCCCUACAGUCAGGCUGUGUUAGUCGACAGGACCAUUUACAUUUCAGGACAGCUAGGCAUGGAUCCUGCAAGUGGACAGCUUGUGCCAGGAGGGGUGGCAGAAGAGGCUAAACAAGCUCUUCCAAACAUGGGUGAAAUUCUGAAAGCAGCAGGCUAUGACUUCACGAAUGUGGUAAAAGCAACUGUUUUGCUUGCUGACAUAAAUGACUUCAAUACUGUCAGUGACAUCUACAAACAAUAUUUCCAGAGUAGUUUUCCUGCAGGAGCUGCUUACCAGGUUGCUGCUUUGCCCAAAGGAGGCCAUGUUGAGAUUGAAGCAGUAGCUGUCCAAGGACCUUGUGACAGCAUCACUCUAAGUGGGCCCAGCGUUACUUAG